GCACGCACGCGCAGAGUCGAGCGUGACUGUCAACUUUUGCUAUUUCCAAUCUCAGCAAGGCACGCAGCUCUAAAAAAACCACUAUAAACCUCUAUCUUCUCUUCAAUUCCCUCUCAAACCUCUUUUUAUUUUUUUUUAUUUUUCAAUCUAGGGUUUUAUUCUGGGUUUUGACUGAAACAUUUAGUCAUCAGAUCAAACGGUUGUGGCUUAUCGUCUAUAACAAAACACAAUGCCUCCUCGUGCAUCAAAGCGAAAAGCGACGGCCCCACAGAACUCCUCCUCCGUCACAUCAGCUGACGAUUCUCCUACUGCCUCAGAUAAAACCAAAACAAAGAAGACAGAUCGGCUAGAUAGCCUAUUUGAUUCAUAUGCGAAUAGCUCGUUAGGCAUAAUUGACCCAGAAGGAAUUGAGGCAUUGUGUUCAGAUAUGAGCGUGGAACAUACUGAUGUUAGGAUCCUAAUGUUUGCAUGGAAACUGAAAGCUCAAAGGCAGGGUUAUUUUACACGGGAUGAGUGGCGAAGUGGCAUGAAAGCUCUCAAGGUUGAUUCUCUCAGCAAAUUAAAGAAAGGGCUGCCAGAACUGGAAAAGGAGGUAAACACACCAGAAAAUUUUCAAGAUUUCUAUUCAUAUGCAUUUCGAUACUGCCUAACAGAAGAGAAGCAAAAAACUGUAGACAUUGAGAGUGUCUGUGAAUUGCUGAAUCUUGUGCUUGGGUCACAGUUCCAAUCCAAGGUUGAUUUAUUAAUAGAGUAUCUAAAGAUUCAGUCUGAUUAUAAGGCGAUAAACUUGGAUCAAUGGAUGGGUUUUCUUCGUUUCUGCAAGGAAAUUAGCUUUCCAGAUCUUGAAAACUACGAUGCAGACCUAGCUUGGCCCUUGAUCCUAGAUAAUUUUGUUGACUGGAUGAAAGAAAAGCUUAGCUAGAUUCAGCAUUUUUUUUGGCGUUUUAACAGUGAGGAAUUUGUUGAAAUCGUGAUUAUGAAGCACGUUUUUUAAUCCAUACCCUCACCCUGAACUCUCAAAAUAUUUUCAUUAUAUGCUGUAAUUUUUCCUUUUCCAUGUUUUUUUUCCCCUGCUCCAUUAACCUAUAAAUUUCCUGAGCCAUCUGCUGAAAACAAAAAAGACAUGGUUCUCAAGCCUCUGGUUCCAUGUCGAUUGGCCAAGGAAAACAAAAAAGACACGGUUCCACUUAUUUUACAUGCGAUUCUGAAAGAAAACUAACUUAAGAUCAAAGGAAAGAAAUGACGAAUCUUGCCUUCUGCUCUAAUCUUCUAGUACCCGUUUUCAAAUCAUCUGCCUUGAUUGCCAUAUUCCCAGGCAUCUCUUUGAGUGCUUUAUGCUCUUUCUCAGGCUACUGCAUUUCUUAUUUUCUCAUAAAAUCCUUUGCAUUGUCUUUCUGUUCAGCGUUGCCCAUUGUCUAACCCUCAAAACCUCGUAACAAGGCCGGUGAGUGCACAUCUUGGAUAGAUCAGCACAUCAAAUUGCCUCGCAAAUUACAUGAAUAUUCUGUCUGAAAUGCCUAGAAUUAAUGACACGGUCGUGCAUGUACCAUAACAUUACAUUUCAAUGAGGUGGCACAGAUCAAUCACGAGCUUGAAGAAAUUGGAGUGUUUUUAUAGUGGAGGAAAUGCUAUUGUCCAGCAUAUCUAAAAAUUACAGAAUACCCCUCUACAAAAAUACAUAAUAUUUAUUUAUUUGUUGUUUGCAUAGUUAACCACAAAAUUAUUUCCAUGAAAUUAUGUCAGUGAUUGAGGAAUAAGAAGGAAAAAAUUAAAAAACUUGAUUUAUUUUUUGAAA